GUUUUUGUUGAAUCCAUCCGACCGUAACACCGUUUCUUUUCUACGACUUUUAAACAUGAGUGCAAUGAGUAAUAUAUCUGUCCGAGGAGCAAAUGAGCGUCUUAAACCGCGUGCGUUCGAGGCACCUUGUCGGGUUGCGUACGUCUAACUGUGAACUUCAAGCAGUGAUGAAAGCGGGAUACAUUUUACCAGAGUGGGAAGCGGUGCUAACAUGCGUGGCUGUGGUGUGGGCCAUCGACCAAACAGCCGCCAACUGCGUGGAUGACUCUCUUUGCUCGUUGUCCUGCGUCGAACGGCACAUGCACGACGCGCGCUAUUUUGGUGUAGCUGGCCACUGCGAGAACGGUAGCUGCGUCUGCACCUAUCUGGACCCCUGUGAACCCAAACGGUGCGUGGAAGACUGCAAGAAAAAGCACCCGGAACAGUUACACUUGAAGGCGGAGUGUAAAGAUAAAGGCACCUGUAAAUGCACAUGGAAUUACAAAUGUGAGGAGGCUUGGUGCGAUGCCGAGUGCCGACGAAAGCACGCGGGGAAGCAGCAUCUGCACUCGACGUGCGAAGGGUACAAGUGCAUGUGUCGCUGGCAAGCAGAUUCCGCAUCAAAUUCAGGUGUCGGCCGUGGUGCGAACGAAACUGUUCCAGGACCAGAUACGAUUCACGGUGCACAGAACGGCACCGAUGAACAUUCAGGCGCUCGUAACGCGGUUGGACGCCCUUCUUCUGCAGUGCCUUAGCUUGAAGUAUGAGGUGGCGAAGGUCACGAGCCCUUGAGAUGCCACCGAAGGCCCGGCGACGCGCCAGCUCCGGCUGAGCUUGCGGCGAUGGGCCAAUUGUAGCCACCAGGUGCCGCAGACACUGCACUCUAAACCUCAUCACGUGUACCUUCACACUAGAACCCCGCUUCAGCAUGAAAAAGUCGACGUCCUCGUGGAGACGUUUUACUUGGCUCCACCAUAAUUUCGCACGAUUUCCAUGUGACUAUCCCAUAAAUGGCGGCUAUUUCAUAUGGAUUUCGCCUCAAUACGGUAUGAAUAAUACAAGAAAACAUAUCAAGUAUAAUAGAAGAACAUACAGAAAGCUUCAACAAGGAUUCAGGCCCUGCGGGCCCUUUUGAUUGUGUCUCAAUAAAAACUGCUCGUCACUCUAAUUUACUGAACCAUUCA